UGCACACGCCACGGUGUAACACACGAAACUGCCGGCUUAAAGGAACUCUCUGUGCAGUAGAAAGAAGGUGGUGGAAGAAGAGAGGAAGGCGUUCGAAGGCAUAACAGAGAAAGAGAAUCAGCCCAUUCCUUUUGUGUGUUCCACGUAGUUGUAUUUUAGAGGGCGCUAGUAGAGAUAUUUUUGGGCCUGUUUUGAAAGCGUAGUGAAAUUAGAAACAUCUCGAAAGAAUCUAUGGGAUUGUUCGUAUGUACGCGCGUUCGAGGUUAUGUAUAUAGGCGAUCAUGAUCAUUGGUCCUUUUGGAACGGAGGACAAAGAGUUACGAAACACCUAGAAAGACAAGCUGACUUGGACAUUGCGGCAAAUAUCGAUGGAAAUUAUAACAUAUGAGAAAUAUGCGUGACUGAAGCAAUUACAAAGAGCUAUUUUAAGUCGCAUGUAUCUGCUUAAUUGAUAUCUAUUUUCAAUUAAAUGAAAUCAAGAAUAAUUCGAAAAAUGUAAGAGGUACAAUCUAACUCUUUCUUUAAUCAACCGGAAAGUUAUAACUUCACAUUAGGAAGCCAAAAUGUGCAUCGCUCUUUUAUACUAUAAUUUACUUAUAGUUCUUCCAUGUAUACAUACAUCUAUGAAAUCCAGAACAACCUGUUUUCUGUUUCUUUGAAAUUGUCAGCGAGUCUCGAGCUCAUAGGUACAAGACAAAAAAUAUUUCCCAGAUUCUUGGCUUUCCAUCAUUAAUCUCAUGACAAGCAUGGCCAACAGAAAUCUUAGUCGACGACACGAUAAAAUUAGUGAAAAAAUUCAUAAGCUACGCGGCCAAGGAUGACGAUGGCCAGUGCAAAAAUACUGUCAGUGAAACGAGGAUUGCUGCAGCCGCAAGAAUUUUUCGAAAACGACCGUUUUCUUCUUCUUCGCGGGUAGUCCACAACAGAAAACGAGCCGCAAUAAAGUUUACAACGUGGCCCCGCUGACUCUCGUAAAUCAAAAGUAGUCUACUGGCCCAUUGAUCAGCAAUGUCUAUCUCGACAUGUCAAGUUCAUUCUGACGCAACAUCGAGAUCCACGUGGACACUGACCAGGGACGACCAGGGACGAAAGAGGAAUAUCUGAACAAUGAUGAGUUAAACAUUGAUUUCGAUCGGUGUCCACUGGAACGCGUCGGAAAACUACCACCCGAUCGCGAACCACCCCUGCUAUGUGUCAGUAGUAUGCCGACUGUUGUUCCUAUUGCACGAAUUUCCGCUACUCUUAUAAGUAUCUGUGUUAAUUGAAAUAUAUUUGUGCAAAACUAUCAGGAAUUGUUAUAAAUUUAAAAGGAAAAUUGAAGAUGAUAAGAAAAUAUUCACGGAGAACAAGCAGAGGUAAAAAUUGGUGAAGAAGUUUAGGUGAUGAGAUAGUUUUGAACGAUCCAUGAAAUUUCCAUGAAUGUGACGAAUGGUGCUUGUGAAAAAUUCACCACCUUCGCGAGGCGAAAGUCCUCAAAAAGAAAAUGCAAGGAAAGAUAAAGGGAAGAAUCGCGUGUCACGUGGUAAUAGUCCAGCGGAUCAGACUAUUUCCAGAGGAAAUAGCCCAGGAAAAAGCAAUUCUGGUGUCAAAGUAGUCGGGAAAAACAAUUUGACGAAAUCUCGUGGAAGCGAGACUGGUAGUAUUGAGAGACUGAUAGACGGUGAUAAGAGAGUAAUUGCCACCAAACAUUUGCUUCCAGAAAACAACAUAAAUGUUGUCGUCAGAGUUCGUCCACUCAGCAAGAAGGAAAUUAAAACCGGCGAUGAUAUGGCCGUGCAAUUUCCCGGAGAGGGGCAGAUAUACUGCGAAGGAUUUCCGAGUAGCGGGGACAAGAAGGGCAAAUUAUUUUCGUACAACGUGGUGUUCGAGCCCACGGCCACUCAGGAGGACAUCUUACAAUUUUCUGGUGUGAAAAAACUUAUCGAAAUGGCGGUGGAGGGAUUCAGUUGUACCGCGUUCUGUUACGGACAAACUGGAAGCGGGAAAACCCACACACUCACGGGGCCUCCAGAAAUGUUCGAAAAAAUGAAUCCUUAUUCGGAGCAACAUGGCUUGGUCUUCCGGUCUUUCGUUUAUUUAUUUAAAUUGUUGCAAGAACGAGAAGAAUGUAAUUUCGUGUUGAAAGCCUCCUUUUUGGAGAUUUAUAACGAAAAGGUAAUAGAUCUGUUAAAUCCUGGCACAUCGAGGAAACCUUUAAUGGUCCGGUGGAGUAAAAAGACACGAGGCUUUUUUGUCGAAAAUCUUUUCACUGUUGAAUGCGAAGAACUUGAUGAUCUUCUGGCCGUUCUCGAAGAAGGGAUGAGAAAUAGAAAAGUCGGUGCACAUAAUAUGAAUGAUCAUUCUAGCAGAAGUCAUAGUAUCCUCACUGUCAAUAUUACAUCUGAGCAACAGAUGGAUAACAGCGUGUUCAUCUCAAGACAAGGAAAAAUCAAUUUUGUCGACCUGGCUGGAAGUGAAAUGACGAAAAAGACACAAAGUGAGGGGAAAACUUUGGAAGAAGCGAAUAAUAUCAAUAAAAGUCUAAUGGUUCUAGGUUACUGCAUAGCUUCUUUGAGUGAUGGAAAACGUAAGGGUGGACAUAUUCCAUAUCGAGACAGUAAACUAACUAAACUUCUGGCCGAUAGUUUAGCAGGAAAUGGUGUUACUUUAAUGAUCGCUUGUAUUUCACCAGCUAAAUCGAACGCAAGCGAAACUUUGAAUACUUUGAGAUAUGCAGCGAGAGUAAAAAAAAUCCGAACAAAACCUAUUGUGGUAAUGGAUCCUCGAGAAGCUCUAAUCCUUAGUCUGAAACGGGAGGUAGGAGCCUUACAAACGGAAAAUGAACAUCUUCGAGCAGCUCUUCAUUUAAAUAGUGAUGCCUCAAAUAUAAUUCGUAGCGAAUCUAAAGCUGAAAGAAAAAUACCAUUGACACCUCCAGUAGUAGAUUUAAAUAAACUAUCUGAAAUGGAACGAUCUGAAUUAAGUCAACUGAUUCAUGCAUACAUUACCGAGAAUGAAGCUCUUCGUCGAGAAAAUGCAGAAUUAUAUGCUACAAGAGAGCAAGUGAUACGGGAUCAAGAACUUGUUUGCAGAGAAAACGAGAGGUUACUGAAGAAACUCGAAGAUGUCAACUCGUUUUAUCACUGCAGAGUAUGUUGUCGAUCCCCAAUCAUACCUGCCAGACCUACAUAUUCAGCGGAAAUGCUAAACGAUAGUAAUAACGAAAAUGCACCUGGCGCAACCAAUGUUUGGACCAAUCCUAACGUAGAACCUACUCCUCUUUCGAGUGAUAUGAUCAGACAUGGAUUAUACAGAUCUGCAAGUAGUAUGCCAGAGAAAAUACAAAAAGAAUUAGAUAAACGAAGAAUUGUAGGAAGCUAUAAUAAUAUAGUAGAAGCAUACAAAGACAAGAGUCAUCACCGUAGACACAAUUCAUGGGAUAAUGGAAACGGCAUGACGAGAAUGAGUCCGGAUCAAUCCAUGUCACCGAUAGAUAUUAAUCAGUAUAAAAAGACGAGCGUACGUCGCACCUCGACAGUCCCUGAAGAACGUAGAUCAUCGCAAACCAAUGAUCUUUUGGGCGAAUCAAUUCAACCAAUUGACCAUUCGUAUAACGAAUCCCCAGAUUCAAUUCUUAGCGGUUCUUUAGAAAUGAUGAACUCAACGCCGAACACAACUGAAUCAGAGAUGCCAACAAUACCAUUUCCGGCAGUAACGCACAUUUUGACACCGUUGAAUAUUUCAGAAUUUGAAGAUCAUUCGCCAAAGACAUCAAAAAAAUCUAAGGAAAAAGAAGAUGAAACUAUUCAACGAGCGUUUGGAAGUCCAAUUCCUAUUGACGAAGAUAAACCACUUUAAACACUCUAAUCAAUAAGUACAUAAUUGAUGAUGAAUUUUAAUCGUAAUGAUCUGAAAUAAAUCAAAAUUAAAUCAUUUGUGAAAAUGAAAAUAAAAAAAUGAAUUGGAAAAAAAUAUAUGUAUAUAUAUGAAAAUUAAUUAA